ACUUCCUGGAGGCGGCAAAUCCGGAGGAGCCGCUGUCGCCUUCAUGCUGCCCGCGGACUGCUCGCGCCGGCUGGUGGCCGAGCUGCGGGACGCCCUGGACGCCUGCGCUGAGCGACAGAGGCAGCUGGAGCGGAACCUGCGCGUCUCCCGCCGGCUGCUGCGGACCUGGGAACCAGCCGAGACCCCGGCUCCGCAGCCAACCCCAGCGCCAGAAACCAGUGGAGAGGCCCCGUCUCCGGAAUCCACACCCAGCCCUCAAGACCUCAAGGAGCUGGAGCUUCUGACCCAGGCACUGGAGAAGGCUGUACGGGUGAGAAAAGGCAUCUCUAAGACUGGAGAAAGACACAAGGCCCUCAGCCUGAAGUCUGGGUCCGCUGCCACUUCUGCCACCACAGCCUCUGCCCCGUCCCGGGCCUCCGGCCAGGCUAGCUGUCAAGUCUCAGAGACAAAACCCCCCAGGGGCAUCCAGCAGACUGUGGUGCCUGCUAGGGGCCUCCCUGAGUGCAGGCUCCUGCCAGUGGGGGAUCGCACCCGUAUGGGGAGAGGAUCCCGAGCCACCAAGCCUGGACCAGGCCCCAGGGACCAACAGAUACCCCCAUCGGCUGCUCUUCAAGCCCCAGAAGCUUUCACACUGAAGGAGAAGGGGGCAGACGUGGACUGCUGGCUCCCACAGCCACUCUGGAAGCCCUGUUUGGGGCUUGAGGGGGGCAGCCCCCAGAGUGCGGCUUCUCUGAGCACUGGCUUCCCUGACAGGAUCCUGCUGCGGCUACCCAUGGCCUACAGGAAAGCGGCUUCCCGGAACUCCCGCCUGUGGGCCCAGCUCAGCUCUACACAGACCAGUGACUCCGUGGAUGCCGCUGCCACCGCCAAAACCCAGUUCCUCCAGAAAAUGCAGAUGACUUCCGGCGGGCCCGGCUCUGGGCUCAGUGCUGCAGCAGUGGAGGCCGAGGUGGGGCUCCUGCGGGCGGCCUGUUCACUGCUGAGACGGCGAAUGGAGGAAGUGCUCUCGGCAGACCCUGCUGACUGCAUGCAGGAGUACCGCUGCCUGCUUACCCUGGAGGGGCUGCAGGCCAUCACGGAGCAGUGUCUCCACAGGCUGCAGGAGCUGCGUGCAGCAGUGGUGGGACAGCAGCUGGGGCCGUGGCCUGUGGGGAGACGCCCCGGAGCCUCACUGCCCUGCGGAGGAGGAACAGACCCUAUCUGGAGCCCCCAGCUUCUUCUCUACUCCAGCACCCAGGAGUUGCAGACUCUAGAGGCCCUGAGGCUGCGGGUGGCCAUGCUAGACCAGCAGAUCCACCUGGAAAAGGUCCUGAUGGCGGAACUCCUCCCCCUGGUGGGCACACAGGGGCCACACUGGCUAGCGCUUUGCCGAGCUGUGCACAGCCUGCUUUGCGAGGGAGGGGAGCGCUUCCUCACCGUCCUUCGAGAUGAACCUGCCGACUGAACAUUUCCCGUGGUCGGCUGCCACCCCCGAGCCCUGUUCCCAGGCCUCGGGACCCUGGCAUGAGGGUGACCUUGUUCGGACACUGAGACUCUUGGGAGACCACUCCCUGCCCCCACUAGUUAACAGGGACUGAGAGGAUUUCGAAUGCAGAGAUGGUGUACCCACCCUGGUAAACCAGCUUUCCCAGGUGGGUUGAGGACAGUCCCCUGGCUCUUCCUGAGGAACCCAGGGCCCUUCCCACAGCAGCUAAAGCGAGUAGUCAGACCUCCGCUUGGCUUCGCCUUCCCCAGGCUGAGACCGGAGGCCUUUCUGGGGCUUUUUGUAGUACCUCUGUUUCUUCUCGCUUUAGAUCUAUAAGCCACUUGUGUGACAUUAACACUACUUUAGCAAGUACGUAUAUUGAAAUCACACUAAGAUGGGACUUGAUGCGUGUUUUUGCUCACCGAGACGCAUCAGGUUUAUUCACUGAGAACACGUACUGAAGGGAGAGAAAGACCACUGAAGGGGAGUAGGACUGGGGACUUCUGCCAGCAUUGGCCCCAGCACACCUGAAACCCCUCCCUCCAAUCCCCUAGACUGUACUGGGCUCAUGGGAAAACACAAAAGCCACAAGCCUAUAUCAGAGUGGGUGGGCACCGCGUGGCAUCUGUGCUCACCAACCCCACAGCUGUUGCUGUGGCCAGCGUGGGCACCCUCCCCCCUGCCUCCCCUGCUGAAGGAAUCCUUGCUUUGUGGAACAAAAAACAACUUACAGGUCAAGGUCACGACCUCUGGGUUUAAACCAGUCACAGGGUUGGGCUUACUCUUAAUUGCUGCUGUGGGACUUUUAGCAAGAUUCUCAAGGGCCCAGUGUUGUCCUCACUGUCAUUCUGGGGUUAGUUGUUGGGAGAGGUAAUUGAAGAGACGUGACCACCCGUUGACCCGUGAGCUGGAUCUGGGCAGCGGGAGGCUCCUCGCCCCCUCCCCUGUCCUCGGAAUGUGGGUUCCACUUGCCUCGUCACUCCCAGGGGCUGCUCCGAGGACACAGCCUUGAGGUAGUGAUGUGAUACUUUAAACACCUGCACGGGGUACACAGCUGAGCCCGCUGAGGGCCUCCCGCGACAUCAGCCUCUAGCUCUGGUGGGCAGGUGCCGCAGCCCAGGACACAUCUUGUAGGUAAGGCCCGUUUGCUUGUUGACCCCGCCACCCACCCGGCUGGAGUGGCCUGCCUCCUUCUUCAGUCUCUCCCUGCCCUCUGCACUUGGGGGCCAGUUUCAGAUGACCCCCGGAUUCUCCCAAGGAGCCCACGCACCCACAGCAGUGGUUAUUACCGCUGGGUCGGAGGUGAGGACAGAUUACACAGUGCUGGGCCCUGGUGAGGCCUGGGAGUCUGAUGUUCUUUAAGCCUCUACUGAGGGUGCCUGGGUGGGUCAGUCGGUUGAGCAUCUGACUUUGGUUCAGGUCACGAUCUCAUCAUUUGUGAGUUCAAGGCCAGUAUCUGGCUCUCUGCUGUCAGCAUGGAGC